AUUGGCUUCCUUAUUGUUAUUCCAACAGGUAGCGACAUAGAAAUAGAUGAAAUCAUUACAGGAAACUUAAGCAAAUAUACAGCUUUUCCACCAGGUUACUAUGGACAGGCAAAAAAGGGUCAUCUUGUAUUUGAUGCCUGCUUUGAAAGUGGGAACCUUGGACGUGUUGACCAUAUUACUGAAUUUGAAUAUGAUCUUUUCAUCAGACCAGACACAUGUAAUCCACGUUUUCGAGUCUGGUUCAACUUCUCAGUUGAAAAUGUAAAAGAAUCUCAGAGGGUAAUUUUCAAUAUUGUCAACUUCAGUAAAACAAAGAGCCUCUAUCGAGAUGGCAUGGCUCCAAUGGUAAAAUCCACAAGCCGGCCUAAAUGGCAGAGACUUCCACCCCGAAAUGUGUAUUAUUACCGCUGUCCUGAUCACAGAAAGAAUUAUGUUAUGUCAUUUGCUUUUUGUUUUGACCGAGAAGAUGACAUAUAUCAAUUUGCUUACUGCUACCCUUAUACUUAUACUCGUCUUCAGCAUUAUCUGGAUAAUUUAGGGAAGAGGAACAUGGACUAUUAUUGCAGAGAGCUUCUAGGACUUAGUGUGCAACAGCGGCAACUUGACCUCUUGACUAUAACCAACCCUGUGAACCUUCGUCCUGGAGCAGAACAGAAAGUGGUGUUUAUUACGGCCCGUGUCCAUCCAGGGGAAACACCGUCAUCUCUUGUAUGCCAAGGUAUCAUUGAUUUUCUUGUGAGCCCACAUCCAAUUGCCAAAGUACUACGGGAUCAUUUGGUCUUCAAAAUCGCUCCUAUGCUUAAUCCAGAUGGAGUUUAUCUUGGCAAUUACAGGUGUUCCUUGAUGGGCUUUGAUUUAAAUCGUCACUGGGUAGAUCCCUCUCCUUGGGCUCAUCCUACACUUUAUGGUGUAAAGCAACUAAUUAUUCAGAUGCACAAUAAUCCGAAAGUUACCCUGGAAUUCUAUAUUGACAUCCAUGCUCACUCCACUAUGACGAAUGGCUUUAUGUACGGGAAUGUUUUUGAAGAUGAAGAAAGAUUUCACAGGCAGAUUAUUUUCCCGAAGCUGCUCUGUCAGAAUGCUGAAGACUUCUCCUUUUCAAGCACCUCCUUCAAUCGAGAUGCUGUUAAGGCAGGGACAGGACGUCGCUUCCUUGGUGGCCUACUGGAUGACACUUCUUACUGCUAUACACUGGAAGUCUCAUUUUACAGCUACAUAAUUGGGGGAACCAGUUCUACAGUCCCAUAUUCAGAAGAAACAUAUAUGAAAUUAGGACGGAAUGUGGCCCGAACAUUUUUGGAUUACUACAGACUAAACGCCAUUGCAGAGAGACCUUUAGCACCAGUUUCAAGUACAUGGAAAGAAAAAGCAAUUCCCUAUAGAUGUUUCUACCAUCGGAUCCAAGGAAACAAUCAAGCUGCCAACAAACCAGAGAAGAGGACCCAUACAACUCUUAAGCACACUCACUCAUCAUAAAUCACUAAAGAGAAAUACCUUUCAGAAGAAAUGGAAGAAACAAGAUAUCAGCACUUUUUACAUUUAAAAUGGAUGAUUAUAA